UGAAGUGCGACCACCGCCAAUCGACGCAGUAAGCUGUUUGUUUUGAACAGAAAGAGCUUGAAACUGUAUAAAAAGAGAUCUAAUCAGGAUCAGUAGUUGGGUUGGAAGCCUUUCAGUAUUUUGUGUCACGAUGGCUGUAACUUUUGACGCAAAUGGGCUUGAGGGAAUGAAGCGCGCUGAGCUUCAAAAGCUCUGUAAGAGCGUGGGAAUUAGAGCCAACAGCAAGACUUCUCAGCUUAUUGAAGAACUAAAGAUAUAUGCAUUAAAGAUUACUGGCGCAGCAGAAGAUUCUUUAGUUGAGCAAGGAAAAGAAUCACAAACAGCUGACUGCACCGAGAUAGAAGAAGCAGCUAAAGAUCCAGAAACAACAGAUUUCAAUCAUGAAAGUGAUAAUGACGAUGAUAGCUUCAAGAGAGAGCUAAUGGAUCAACUUGAUAAGAAAGUUGAGGAAAAAAUGCCUGCAGAAUGUAAAAUCCCCCGAUUUGUUCAGUUCCUUGGUAAAGAGUCAGCAGCAGAAACAAAUAAAACUCCAGCUAAUAAAUGGAACAAGAUUCACAAGCAACAGUUUGAAAAGUAAGUGAUAGACAGAUGUUCAGUGAUCUAAUAUAAGAAACUUGUAACAAGAAUAACCUGCAAUUGGUAACAAAAUUGUUGA